CGAAAACAUUAUAUCUUUAACAUGAAGCAGGCAGAGACGGAAUCAACCAAGGGAUCGCAAUCUAUCGAUGAGGUGAUUGCACUAAUUAUUUCAGCCGAAAACACCUCUCAGUUGAAAAAUAUAUUAGUCCAGUUAAACACGUUGACAAAAUCAAACUUGUUGUCGUACACUACUGACGGGCUUGACCCUUUAACAGUUCUCAAUCCAAGCACCCAUUCUUUAGCUUAUUUGUACUUCAUUACUGCAAGAUGUCAAGAUGCUAAUGCUGGCACCGCCUUACAAUUAUUCCAAAUAUUAUCUCACUUUAUUCAAGUAUUCGACAUUGAACAAGUACGACUAUCAACAACACACUUUACACUUAUUGGGAAGGCCUUAUUACAUUUAGCAAAAAUCCUUGAAAAACCAUUACUACCUCUUACAGCAUUUUCUACAGCGAUUGGAAGAUUUGCAUGUUCAACAAACACUUUGACCUCUCUUCACGCUCCGUUUGUUCAGGCCUGUAUCUUAGCCAAGAACUACAGUUAUCCUUUAUCCAUUUUAGAUUGUGAUAUCGAGAUUAUUGAACCAGCAAAAUACGACGUAAACAUUCAGAACUUCUUACAGUAUUAUUAUUACGGUUCAAUUGCUUAUAUUGGUAACCAGAAAUACGAUCGUGCGCUGGAUUUCCUUUCGAUUGUUAUUUCAGCACCAACACAGAAAGCAAUCAGUGCUAUCCAAGUAGCGGCUUACAAGAAGUUUAUAUUGGUUUCGUUGAUUUACGAAGGUCAAAUCAGAGCUUUACCAAAGUAUACCGCCCAAAUCGUAGAAAAAGUAUGCAAGACACAAUCACAGCCUUAUUUGAAUCUUUUAAAAACCUUCAAUGAAACUGAUCUCAAAUUAUUCCAUGAUCAUGCCACCGCUUCUUCUCCUACAUUCGAGUCGGAUAAACAUAUGGGGUUAGUCAAACAGUGUUUUCAAUCCCUCCGUCGUAAAAAAAUUAAGGAAUUGACAAAUGUAUAUAUUACUGUCGGGUUAAAUGAAAUGGCAGCUAAGAUUGAUACGUCUCCUCAAGAAUUAGAACUCAUUUUGAUUGAAAUGGUAAGGGAAAUUUAUCACCGGAAAAAAACUGCUUACGCCGUGUUUAUAGAUCAACCAAAAACAAAUAUUCGCCUCUAUCUCAAUUACAGACCUAUCAGUUAAAAUGGUCCACUUCAUUGAUCAAAGGGAUGUUGCACAGAUGAGUUUGGAAGACCGUAUUUUUCAAAUUGCCGCUAUCAACGAUCGAGUCUCCAACAUGGAUAAAUUAGAGGGCUUAAAUAAGGAUUUCCAAACAAAGUAUAUGACGCUCAGUAACAAUGGUGGACAGAUGGCAACAACACCGUACGAUGACGAUUUUGAUCUUCCCCUAGGUGAUGAUACAAACAUAUUUGAAUAAACAAAUGCAUAAGCGAGAAAAUGAUAGGAUAUGCAAAAAUAUAUAUUCCAAAAAAUAAAAUAAAUAUAAGAGUUAAAAAAAAAG